AUGAUGGAGUCUCUAGAGGCACCGCCUGAAAGUUUAUCUCAGAGAACGGAGCCGCCCUCUAGAGAGAGUGUGAGUGUGCAAGGAUCGCCGUUAACAGGAUAUGAAACCCCUGGGUUGGCCACAACGAAUUGCUCCAUUUCAAAAGAGGAUACCUAUGACACUGAGCUCCCAGACAAUUUACCGCCCGUCUUUGAAAUGUAUUCGCAGGUCUUGGCCCACCUCUACCAGCCAGAUGCCAACCGCAUCAAUGCGGUACAUCAAGUCGAGUACCUCAAUCAGUUGAAUCUCAUGGUAAGAGAAGUUGAGUCCCACCGGUCACUUCUUGAGAAGAUGGCGAAUCUUCGAGAAGAAUUCUCUCGGGUUCAGACGGAGAAUAUGCAUCUUCGGGCAUAUCUCAAUUCUCGUAUGCCGUCAGAAGGAGGUUUUGCCCGACCAUUCAUCUAUCCAGAGCUUCCCAGACCGUUGGCCGAUACCACGGGAAAGUCAUGGGACAGCAUUGCUACAGACUUCAUUUAA